AUGAUCGCACCACUCCACCACUACGAUGUCGUUAUCGUUGGCUCAGGGAUUGGAGGGCUUGCUGCAGCAAAGACAUACCUCGAGCCGUCGCCAAACACCAACCUGAUCUUACUUGAAGCGCGCGAAACCCUCGGAGGUGUAUGGGCAAAGGAAAAUUGUUACGACGGUCUGAAGACAAACAAUAUCAUUGGCACUUACGAAUUCUCGGACUUCCCCAUGGACGCCAAGUAUGGCAUCAAGGACGGCCGGCAUAUUCCAGGGUUUGCGAUGCACCAGUAUUUGACUGACUUCGCGCGUCACUACGAUAUAUUUCGACGUAUCAGAUUCAACGUCCGCGUGAAUGAGGUCCAUAAGUCCGACAAUGGAGGCUGGGACCUCAUGACCGUAUCUACCCCGGGACACGAGACUGAAGAAACCAUUAUCUACCACACCGAGAAACUGAUCAUGUGUACUGGGCUGGCCUCUCGAGCCAAUCCUGUGAACAUCAAAGGCGUGGAAGACUUUGGAAAGCCCGUCUUGAACCACAGCCAGAUGACGGUCGAAGCGGAUCUGUUGGCCAGAGAUACCGACGCCGAGGUGAUUACAGUCGUGGGUGCCUCCAAAACUGGUUACGAUGCUGUUCACUUGUUUGCGUCUCAAGGAAAGGGAGUAGAUUGGAUUGUUCGGGAGUCUGGUGGUGGCGGCGUGUGGAUGUCUCUGCGCUGGGUCUUGAUGGGGCCAUGGCGGGUCUUGCUAGAACCCACGGCGACUAUGAGAUUCAUGAGUUGGUUUAGUCCAUGUAUCUGGGGCGACUUUGACGGCUAUGGGCUUCUCAGACGUCUCUUGCACGGUACCUGGCUCGGCAGGCUUCUCGUUCACAAGUUGUGGGAGAAAAUCAGAUGGGACACGGUUGCGGUCAACAGGUAUCGAAUGGAUCCCUGCCUAGCCCAUCUGGAGCCCCGAGAAUGCCUCUUCUGGUCGGCGAGAGUGGGAAUCCUCAACUAUCCUACCGAUAUCCAUGACUAUGUCCGAUCCGGCCAGGUCAAGAUCUACCGAAAAGAUAUUUCGCAUCUGGGAAGUGGUACCGUUAAUUUUGUUGACGGGUCCCGGCUCAGGUCCGAUGGGCUCAUUGCUAUUACCGGAUGGCGACUCGUUCCAGGAAUCAAGUAUACCCCAGAAGGGAUUGACGCCAGCCUCGGAAUUCCCAGUGCCAAGUACAACCCUGUCGAAAGCGAAUACUGGCGACAUCUGGAUCGAUCGGCAGACCGAGAAAUCACGCAAAGGUUCCCAUACCUGAGAAACCCACCGAAAGCAAAACUUCCCUUCAAGCAGUCCGUCACGCCAUUCCGCCUCUAUCGUGGUAUUGCCCCUCCAGGGCUCACUGUUAACCAGGACCAGUCGCUGGCCUUCAUCAAGAUGGUGCACUCUACUUCCAACUUCAUCAUCGCCGAAGCUCAGGCUCUCUGGAUCUAUGCCUAUCUCAACAACAAGCUCCCCAUAGAACGCAGUCAAGUGUUCUGGAACACGGCCCUCACGAGCCGUUUCCGGAAAUGGAGGUAUCCAUGGGGAUUUUCACAGUGGUACCCUGAAUUUGUCUACGACGCCGUACCUUACGCAGACAUGUUGUUGAGCGAUCUUAGCCUGGAUCGCGAAAGAAAACGCCGCGGCAAGACCGGCAGUCUGCUCCGUGAGUGGUUUGAAGGGUACACAGUGCAUGAUUACAAAGGACUAAACCUGGAGUGGAAGGCCCAACAGCUGGCAUCUCCGGGGGUGCAGAUGGCUGAUGGGUUGUAA